CCAACCCCAGUGUUCAACUAGGUGUAGCUGAGUUCGUUUGCUUGCUACAUUUUCUGAAAUCCACGAAGCUGCGCAACUUGUCAAACGGACACAAUUUUUUUUCUCCUCAUUUCAUCAUUGCGGGGCUGGGUUUACGCAACUGUCUGGUGGAGGGAUUUAAGGAACAGCUCGAGGCUUGAAAAGUGUCUAUAUUAAUUUUUGAUUCGAAGUCGAACAACUUCUAUUAAACGGAUGCUGCACAUAAAUCCUCGCUUCAAUACUGACGCUGCACAGGUACUAUCCUAUCGCAUUCUGGAAAAAGGACUCAAGAUCGUGUCAUAUUUUGUUGUUAAUGGUAGAUGACACUGACUUACUCAGCGACAUUUACAUUCGACCAGUAGAUUUUAAUCAGUGUAAAUUAUAACCAAACACAAUGGCUGACAAAGCUUCUAAACAUUCCAAGAGCAACAAAAAGUCAGGGGAGACAAACGGUGUUGUAUUACUGCUGAACGUCAAGACUCUGGAUCAGCCGACCAGCGCACUGAAUGUUGAGGAAGUGCAUGUAAAUAUUGGAUAUGAAAAGGACAAUACCUCUUCCCUAAAUCAAAAAAUCAGCACUCCAGUACAUGAAGCUGACCAGUACAGUAAUGUUCAAACGACAGAAGAGAUUGCUCUGAAUGCCUCACAGCCUCGUGGUGAUACUCAGAAAGAGGUGUCAUCUCCUGGACAAGAAAUUAGCAUUCCACUGGAUGAAGCUGUCCAGUACAAUGAUGAUAAAAUCCUUGAGAUUGUUCCAAAGCAUUCGACUGUACUGACCGAGAGUGAUGACGACAAAAGUUGGAGGAUGCCUGUUGAUAUUUUUUCCUCAAAGAAACAAAGCAAUUACAAAAAAUACUCCAAGAGAUUAAAGUCUUACUAUAAAGCCCAGGAUGAACUCAUUUCUGCCUAUGAGGAAAUCACUCAGCCUAUUGAUGUUCAGUCAUCUGCUGAGGUUGUUUCAAAUGCUGGCCUUAAAAAAGCUGCCCUGUUUUCAAAGAUAACCCUAUUCAUCAAUUUCUUACUGCUUGUUGGCAAAGCUGUGGCUAGUGUUCUAUCUGGUUCUAUAUCCAUUAUAUCCAGCUUGCUUGAUUCCUGCUUGGACCUUGUAGGUGGUAGUAUCAUGUGGUGGGCCACGAGGGCAGUGAAGCGACGUGAUCCAUAUGAUUAUCCACAGGGGCGCACAAAAAUUGAGCCAGUAGCCAUCAUUAUUUUGUCUGUUUUCAUGUGGCUUUGCUCUGCCUUUCUCAUUAGAGAAGCCAUUGAAAAAAUUGUAGGCUUAAGUGACAUGUCAUCAAGUCUACCAACUGUUCAAGCUCCUACAUUUGCUAUUGCUGGAAGCACAGUUGUGAUAAAGCUUAUUCUUUUUUUAGUGUGCAGAAAAGUUAACUCUCCAAUAGUCCAGGCUUUAGCUCAAGAUCACAGGAAUGAUGUCAUGUCAAACUCUGUGGCCAUUGUGUUUGGCUACCUUGGCUCUGAAAAUUUUUACGAAGUUGGGAACAUGUAUGGAUUUUCAUACCUUGAUCCCAUAGGUGCAAUGCUGAUCAGCUUAUACAUUAUGUACAAUUGGACAAUCACUGGGAGAGAACAAAUGAAGCUCCUUACAGGCCAUACUGCUCGGCCAGACUUCAUAAGUAAGUUGACCUGGAUUUGCUUCAAUCACCAUCCACUAAUUCAACACAUUGACACAGUCAGGGCCUUUCACUUUGGCAACAACUUUCUGGUUGAGGUGGACAUUAUACUGCCAAUGGAAAUGACUUUAAAGGAAGCCCAUGACAUAGGAGAGAGUCUCCAAAGUCGACUGGAGAAUGUAGCCGAAGUAGAAAGAGCAUUUGUUCAUUUGGAUUAUGAGUUUACCCACAAGCCAUAUUCUGAACACAAAAGAGUUUAAAGGAUGCAGGCAGAAGCCUCAUUAAGACUUACUUUAAAAAUCCAAAUAAAUACUUUAUGUAUACAUUCUUUAUCGCAUAAAGUCCUUAUUUUCAAAAUCACAAUGUUCCAUUUUGUAUUAAACAACUCAUGUCAACUUUAUAUAUGUAUGUUGUUCUAUUUUUUUUAACUAAAAACUGUUAACAUAUAAGAUACAUAAAUUCAAAUUUUACUGUAAAUUCUUUUUUAUCUAUGUUCAUCUUGGUAUUAGUUAGAUUUAGGAUCGGUGUCUACAUAAUGCUUUUUCUUUUCUCUUUUUGUAUCAUUAUUAUUAUUUUACAUGUGAGCUUAUAGAAAUUCUCUGAUGCUGCUAGGCUCAAUAAUCAUAUAAGAAAAAAUAAUAAUUUACUAAUAAUUUGAAGCUCUCUUAAGUGACCACCAAGGAGCAGCAAUACUGCUAUUUAAAGGACAAUUACAAUUUACUUAAUUUGAUAUAUACAGGGUACCAAAGAUGACUCCAAGGUCUCUUGUUACCACAAUGUGAUUUCUUUUUUAAGUUAUAAACGUUUCACCCAAUAACAAAGUCAAUGAAUUAAAUAAAAAAAUGAUGUCUAGAAGAAGCAGUCUUAUCUAUUUUCUAAAGUAAUAAUUGCUAAACACAUUUUUAGGACUUUAAAAACCCGACUUAUGCCUAAAUAAUUUAAAGUUUAAGCUUGAUCAAGUGUAUAUAAAUGUUAGAGGCUUGUUUUAGCAGCAAUAUAUAUAUUUUUUUUUUUGGUGGGGGGGGGGGGGGAAUCCUGCACUGUUUUUGUAGAGUGCAAAUCAGUAUUAAAAAUACCAAGUAAAAUAUAUAUGUAUAAAAAAAUAUAUUAGUGAAUUCUAUUUUAGCAAACUAAACCUGUUAUUGAGACUGAAAUAAUGGCAGAUCUAUGAUAUAUAGUGUAGGAGAAACCAAUAAGCCUUAUAUUAAUAUUAAUGACAUUUUUUGUGACAUUAUAGUCAUACUGCAUUUCACAAAUAGAUUUUUCUUUAAUGUGAAAUCAUUACUUUUUAUUUUGAAUGUGAUUUUAAAUGUUAUAAAACAGCUGUUUUUAUAAGGCAAAAAAAAAUGCACAAUGUAUUCCUCACAACCAAAAUUAAUUGACCCAUUAUAUUUAUAAAUGGUAAAAAAAACAGUUACAGAGGGGACCUAAUAUUGUAAUUGUUGGCAGCAUUCAGUCAUAGAACGACUAUAAUUCAUCUUGAACACUUUUUCAUGUGACUGUGGAGCCCUAUUUUGGAGAGAUACUCCCAUCCACAUAUAUCGCAUAUAUUGUAAUAAUAUUAUGCUUCAAUUAUGAAAGGACUGUGGGAAAAUAAACAAAAGCACACAUUGCUAAUACAUUGAAAGUUUGUUAAAAAAAAUAAUAAUUUUCUUUAUAUAAUUUUUUUUAAUUUACUGCUGAUCAGCCUGUACAUAUAUAUAUAUAUAUAUAUAUAUAUUACAUAAAACACAAGUAAAUUUAGUAACAGUUGAAUGCCUAGUAAUAUCUUAUUUCCAUUGUGCAUGAUUCAAAGGAGCUGUUAAAAUCCAUACAUAAAAUGUGACCUAUUGUUUUUAUUAUUAAACAUUCAUUUGACAUAGAUUUCAAUAGACAAAACAUGUCAUUUAUUAUUGCAUUGUUGUUUUCCUGUGGUAUGAUCAAAACAGUAUAUAAAAUAAAUAUAUAAGACUUUUAA